AUGGCAGCAUCUGGCAGCUGCUUCUCAAGGGAUAUGGCUGCUGGGUCAGCUGAAGAGAAGUCGCUCACGGAGGGGGCGCCACGCAUCAAGUUCGCAUGCCACCCUUCUGCCGGAGAUGCAGAACAAAAGCUCGGGUCCCUGUUCUCGGAGUUUCGCAGCCUCUGCGAGGCGCUGUCGCAUGCUGCGGUCAUGCUGGAGGAGAUUGGCGCAGCGCCCAUUUUGCCUGAUGGUUUCGUCGCUGGCAACUGCUCCGCGCUGCUGCAGGGAGCAGCAGAGGAGAUGCUUCUUGUGACAAGAUCAGGGAAGGAUGCAGGUGUGCGGCCCAGUGAAUCAGACUUCGUGGCUGUCCAAUCCUUCGAUUGGAACGAGUGGAGCUGCUGUUUUUGCCCUGCAAAGAUGGGGGCAAAGCCCACGUCUGACACGCCGUUGCACUGGGCUUGCAUCAUGAAAGCCGCGGAGACAUUUAGCUGGCCUGAGCGGCCACUGGUUGCCUUGCACGGGCAUGCUCUUGCCGAGAAGGAGGGUCUGGAGAAGGCCAAAGCACUGAAGCUUCCAAUCAGUCACGAGGAGACGCUCUUCAGCACGCCAGAGGACGUUGAUGCCCUGAUGGAAUUGUUCAAAGUCUUCCCGUACCCGGAGAACAAGGUGUUCAUCCGCAAGGGAUUCAAGCUGUCGCUCUUCAAGGAGCUGGUGCGCAACAAGUCCUUUGCGAGCAGCGAGACUUCGCACUCGACGACACCUGGAUUCAAACUCGGGACAGUGGCUGAUGCCGAAGAGGUCCUUGGAGCCCCGGAGGCAGUCGAGAGCAGGCCAUGCUGGUCGAAACUGACUGAUGCGCUGCUUCAGUACCUCGGCGACUUUGCAGAGUGGUGGGUGUCGCCCUACAUUUUGCCAGAGGAAGAAGAAAGUGACGAUGAGGAGGAGGACCAGGAGGCGGCCUUGUUGAAGCGGAAGGCAUCGAGGUUGGAGAGACCGGUGCUGGAUCGAAUCGUCAACAGCAACGGUUUCGAGGACUCACCAAGCGCAAACCCACGAGCAUGCCAAGAGCAUUCUUUUCGAUUUCGCCUGCAGCGCAUGAAUCAACCAAAACAUCAAGAGCUCUAG